GCAAUUAAAUUUAUAGAAGGACUGGCAUCCUUUUAAAGUUUUAAUAUUGUGUUUACAAAUAAACAAUGGAUUGUAAUAUUAAUAUUUCUCCCAUUUCUUAUUAGCACAAAACCCGUGGGAUCUAAAUAAUUUUAAAUAUCUUUAAGAACAAAAGGACAAAGCAAUCAAAAGUAAUGAGACACCGGUUUGAAUACUAUGACUGGAUUACUGGAUCAAUGCAAAAUGCGAACUGAUACGUUUAAAUUGUCUUAAACUUAAUUAAGAAUUAGUAUGCAUAAUUUUAAUAAGUAGGCAGUCUACUGAAUGUGAGCUUAUUUUAAUUUAAUUUUUUUGGCGAAAAGUUACUUUAAAUACUGUGUAUACGGAUACAUGGCAUGGUGACAGACAUUUGCCCAGUUAAGUUAUGGACAAUAAUCAUAAUUAAGGAAAACGGAAUAGUAAUUAAAGAUCAACAAACAUGUUUAAAAAUUAAAGAACGCUUGUUUUAGGGGGUGAAAGACCAUGUCCAAGUAUUAAUUGAAUUUCAUAACGAACUCCAGUGAAUAUGACGCAUUCAAAAUUUAAAUUUUGAAGAAUAAAAUCCUAUGUGAUAGAAGUUGAUAUAUUUCACAGUGUUAUUAUUAUAUUAUAAAUAAAGUUACUUGAAGAAAGAAAAAUGGCGCGAAAAGCCAGUGGAAACCGAAAAUCGAACCGAAAGGGAAGUAAGAACAAAGCCAGGAUGGCGAAGCAGGGCCGCCAGGGGAUGCGGCGGCAGAUGCGGAAGGGGAUGCGUCACAGAUUAGGGGCCAAUAAGGGAUCAGCAGGAAAGGCACCUCAAAGCAAAAGUACUAAGAGCUCCCACGCCAUGAACAGCAUUAAGGUCAGCGCUGCCAUGGCAAUGACCGGAAGCGCUAUGGCCAGUCGCCACAGCGGUCAUGGCGGUGCCGGCUUCGGGGCGGAUGAAGAAACUCACAUUGAGCAGGAAAUGGCGUACAUGCCUCUUUAUGAUCAAAUGGACAACGACGAUGACACAUUACAACAUCAUUUAGAUAUUCUUAGCAUCGAAGGUCUCGACAGUGUUAUGGGCAGUUUCGCUACGUACGCUCGGCUUAAGGGCCGUUAUGACGACGACUGGAUUGACCGACUAAACCACCUCUACACCACAAUCAUCUUAAUCAUCUUCACCAUCAUUGUCAGUACGAAACAAUAUGUGGGCGAACCGAUCCAUUGCUGGUGCCCGGUGGAGUUUACAGACGCCAUGGUUGACUACACAAACAACGUGUGCUGGGUCUCAAACACAUAUUUUGUCAAGUUCGACAACGAGGUACCAAGGUAUGACUACAUCAAGAGGGAAACAGAAAUCGGCUACUACCAAUGGGUCCCGAUGAUUCUUCUUCUCCAGGCGUUAUUGUUUAAGAUUCCGUGCAUCUUGUGGCGGUUAUUGACAGCGUCCGCGGGCGUCAACUUGGACAAGAUAGUGACGUUAGCGACGGAAACCCAAUACAUUUCACCGGAAGAGAGAGAAAAGACUAUUACGCAUAUCGUCCGCUACCUGACCCGGUGGCUGGAAAACACCGUUGAGCACCGGAGUGGCUGCUUCAUCCGCAUGAGACAAGCGAUCUCAAACUUCUGUUGUAUAUUGUGCGGAAAAAGCUAUGGGAACUACUUAGUGACUAUGUACAUGUUUGUAAAGUUGCUAUACAUGACUAACGUCAUCGUCCAGCUUUUUAUAUUAAGCAAGUUUUUCGGUACAAGUUAUUUGUACGGGUUUGAGAUGAUGGGGAAGAUAUCACGUGGUGAGGAUUUAAAAGAAAGCCCACGAUUUCCACUUGUCACGAUGUGUGAUUUCGGCAUACGGCAGUUACAGAACGUACAGCAAUUCAGCGUUCAAUGUGUUUUGCCGAUAAAUUUGUAUAACGAAAAGAUAUUUAUGUUCGUCUGGUUAUGGCUAUUAGCGGUUUCCGUCCUUAAUAUGGCCAAUUUUCUGGUUUGGACAAUUAUAAUGAUCUUCCGUCAGCAUAGGAUACGUUAUAUGAAGAAAUUCUUAAAAGUAAAUGAUUUUUACAAGUCAGAAUUCGACAAAAAGAUGGCACUCAAAUUUUGUGAAGAAUAUUUGCGCCAAGAUGGUAUAUUUGUGUUAAGACUCGUCGGGAAGAACGCGAAUGAGGUUCUAGUUUCUGAACUUAUUGUCCAGUUGUGGCACCAUUUCCGGGGCAAACCGAUCUUUAAACACGCCACAAAUCCGAAUUCAGAAAAUGAUACCAUCGUUUGACUAAACCUGCGAUAAAUCCUCACCAUUUUAAAGGCUCAACAACGCUUUCCAAGCGGAACUGAAAGAGCUUAUAGAAAAUGACUAAAGCAUUUCGAAUGGUGUUAUUCAUUCCAUUUUUCUCAGAAACGGAAGUAUUAGCACGUCAUAGAGCUGACGUCAUAUUGUGAUUGAUGAUGAUGUGUAUAUAAAAACACGUUUUUUAUUGUAUAUGAAAUGUUUGUAAUUUUACUGAAGUGAUAGUCAGACAGAUUUCUGCAUUUAUGACCGUGUAUUUGCAUUUUUAUAGGCGCUAGUCCUCAGUUCAAUUAUGCAUUUUCAAACAUCGUGUUGCAGUUCAAACUUUCGGUGUUAUAUUGUAAUAAGUCUACUAAAGCAUAUAGAGUCACUACAGUAGCAUAGUAAUUGAAAAGGUCAAAGGUUGUUUACAUCUUUGACAAGUCGCCGAUAAAGAAGUUUUAUCCCAUGGCCGAAAACCGUAAUCUAAUCCGUACUUUCAGUGCUUUGAUUUUUUAUAAAAGGCAUAUAUGCCGUACUUCGUUUACUACAAGUAUCAAUAUCUUCAUGAAUAGUUAAUUGGUUAUAGAAAGGAUAAUUUCUAGGCACAAACGUAGAGUAUUAAUACAGAAAUGUAUAUGUAAAAUGUCGUGUAUAUAUUCAUACGUUGUGAAAUUGGAUAAAUAUGAAAAUAAAGGUAUUAUAUAAAAGUUACAGGGUUAGUAAGUGACUCGAUAUGGGAUAUACGGGGCAAAGGAACCCAUAUCAAAUCGUAUAUAUCACGUCGACAACAAGUUGAUAUGUUUAAACGUUUCAUUUAUUCAUCGGAAUAUUCAUCGGAAUCGGAAAGUAGACGCCAUUUUGGUACUAUAUAAAGUUGGAAAAAUAUGUGGUCACUGCGUGACCCGUCCUGGACCAAUGGCGUUGCGUCAUUUAUGUUGGAGGUGUGAUGUUAUCAUUCUCGUUCACCAGACAGAUGAUGCUAUGCAUACCAUAUUUAUCAUAAUAAAACCUCUGAUGAAUGAGAAUGUAUAUGAUAUGCUACAUAUAUUUAUAUAUAUCUGCUGAAGUCGGUAUAAUGGGAAAUUAAUCUGAUUCAAAAUAAGCAUCACGUUUUUAUUAUGAAAACAUCAAAAUACCAUUAUCCGAAUGUUUCUGUAAAAGUCUAGCUUGCUUUGAAAGGAAAGAUAAUCCUUGCUUUUAAUCCGUUGAAUAAUCAUAAAAAAACAAUGAUCUGUGUUUUUGUUUUCCCUGAACCCACAAUUAAAAAGUCAUGUGUAAUGAUAACAGUUACAUUUGUCAUAUAUUUUAUAUUUUGAUUGUUCGUACUUAUUUGUACUUCGUACUUCAAGAGCCUUUGUACAUUGCAUUUCCCAUUUAGAUCUUAUUAACAUAAUGCUAGUUGAUUUAUGAAUAAACUAUGCACUUAACUCGUU